CUGUCAAGAGGUUUUGUGCAUGUUUCGGCCAGCAGAGGAAUCCGCUUGCUCUAGUCUAGUGUUUGCUUUAGGCGCUCACAGUAGUAGUUGUCGCGCUAGGCUAGCCUGCAGACUGACAAAUUCAGUUGACACCGGGGCCGAGCGUCAGAUAUAGAAUCCAAGAGAAAGAGAGGAGGCUGGAGACGGGACCGAUUGAGAACCGUACUUGUCAAGUUCUGGACUGACGGUGGGACGGGAACUUCUAAGGCGCCGCACAUGAGCUCUACAACGAUUCAGAGGAGUGCGGAAAGUGGCGUAGGUGUAACUUCGUUAGCUAAUAGCUAACUAUCCUCAGUUCAUGAAAAUACUGGCUAAGUACCCUCAUAAAAACGUGUUCAAUGAACACAACACACAAGAAACCCGUGUCUUCUAUUGCAGUUGCUAGCUAGCUAACAAGCUAAAGCUAGCUAACUAAUGAAGGAUUUCGAGGUGUCAACCGAAAGCGAACAUUUGGUUAUUAUUUUUAUUUUUAUGAACAACCCAUACAAAGUACAAAAAGCUGUAUUGAGGCUACAAAGAAAGCAUGGAACAGGGGGAGCUGAGAAAUUAUCUUGGAUCAUCACCAGACACAGACAAUGUGGCGCAUGUAGAGUGUUGUGCUUUGGCGCCCUCGUGUUGCGACCAAAGGUACAGCACAGGGUAUGCUGAUUGGGAGUUCACGUCGUCAUGCCAGGAUAUCAACAGGAAGCAUCAUCAGAGGUUCCGAACCAUUGAGCGGCAACUCCAGUACCUGCUGGAUAAGGCGGAUGAGUAUCAGGCACACCUUUUAUACAGGCAUGACAACCUGCAGAAGGAACACUUUGCUCACGUGGUGCCUACUUUCCUGCGGACUUGUCAGCCCUACUUCACUUACCUGGAGUCGACCGCUCGCAGCUCCCUGCCCCGGAGCACGCCUCUACCCAUGUACAUCCGCUCACGAUUUUUAGACUUCUCCCAGCAGCUCUGUGAGAGGCUGGAGCAGCUGGUCUUGACCUAUGCCUCCUUUGACUUUCUUUCACUGGAAGAGACUGAUCCGGCAAGUGUCUCCCAUUUCUACAUUGGCAAGUGUCAGAUAGACAGUGUGGGGCUGUCCAUAUACAGGUACUGUCGUCUAGCCCCUUACCUGGCUGGGGUCCACACUGGCCUGUACAAACGCAUGCGCUGGAAUGUGGAGAGACUCAGAGAGAGCCUGCAGCAGGAAACAGAUGGCGAGAUGGAGGGACAUCCAGAGGAGGACAAGCCAGUGGCAGGGAAAGAGAGAGCCACCAACACAGAGUACUACUUCCUGUGCUACGAGGACGUCCCUGAGGAGCCUUCUGAGGGGGGCGAUGGAGAGGGAAAAGGGGAGACUGUUGCUAUGGGCAAUAUGGUCAAGAUGUGGACAAUCGGUCAGUGGAUCCAAACGUAUCCUGACCCCGUGAGGGACGACAUCUACGACUGGGUGCUAUGCUGGGUUCCGCAGGCUAGGUACCACAGGCUGUUGUGGCUGGGAGAAGAGGAGCCCUCUGCUUGCAACGCUACUGACUGCCUGCUGGAGGUGUUGUUUUCUCAACAGACCCCAGUGGAAGGCCCCAGUCGUGAAACAGAGAUGAGUCACUGUUCUAGUACUGCCUUUGGCCAUAACAUGUUCUCAAUGAUUUAAAGGAUUUAACAUGACUUAUUGCUAGCUUUACAUUGUGUUAUGUUUGGCUAAUAUUUUCAAAUCUAAGUAACUAUUGGGAAGGACUUUAAGGACUGGACACUGACAAAGCUCUGGUUGCUACUAGCCAGUCAUCCAUGACAAAUAUUUUCCUUAUAGUUCCUUACAUAUUGUGUAAAAACAAAUAUAAUUUAUAAAGACAGCGGGUUUUAUUACCAGUUCCCUACCAACUAGUGAUAGAUUUGAACUGUAUCUAAUGUUGUCUAUUCAUAUUCAAGGUUUUAUUGAGCGUGUGUUACUGUAUUCUGUGGUUGUUGGAAAUAAUUUUGUAUUAUCAGAAUAAAACUAUUGACCUGCCAUUUGCA